AUGGCUUGGGAGUGGAAAAUCGCCCGCAAAGGCCGAUGGCAGACACUGGUUGUCAUUCUUUGUCUUUCCACCCUGAGCUCAGUGACUGGACAGGCUCGGUAUUCCAUACCGGAGGAGCAGGCGGAAGGGUCUUUCGUUGGAAACAUUGCUAGAGAUUUAGGCUUGGAUGUGGCGAGGCUCGUAUCAGGUAAAGCUCGCAUCAUUACAAAAGGAAGCCGACAGUAUGUCGAUUUAAACCGAGACAAAGGCACCCUUGUUAUUAAAGAGCGAAUCGACCGAGAAGAGCUUUGUGGAAAGACGACGCCAUGUAGCUUUAGUUUCGAGGUCAUUUUAGAAAAUCCAAUCCAGCUUUAUCGAGUAACGGUGGAGGUAAUAGACAUGAACGAUAACAGCCCGUUGUUUCCUAAGGAUGCGAUCAAUUUGAAAAUAGUUGAAAAUGCUGCAUCAGGGACUCGCUUCUCUCUGGAGAGUGCGGACGAUCCCGAUGUCGGAAUUAACGACAUUCAAAAAUACACCCUUAAACCUUCAGAUAAUUUCAAAUUGGAAGUACAGAACCAACCGGAUGGAGGCAGAUUUAUCGAAAUGGUUUUGCAAAACCCGUUAGACCGAGAGAAAGAGGAGACUCACACACUCGUGCUGAUUGCCUCAGAUGGCGGUGAGCCACACAGAUCAGGGACAGUGCGUAUUCAUAUCACUGUGCUAGAUGCUAACGACAAUGCUCCAGUGUGCAGCCAGCCUGUUUAUAAGGCAGAUGUCAAGGAGAAUUCUCCAGAAGGAACAGCAGUAACCACUGUUAGUGCAAAUGAUGCAGAUAAAGGACACUACGGUGAAGUAACUUAUUCCAUAGCUCAUGUUGCAAGAGAAGCGAAGCAGCUUUUUGAAGUAAAUGUUAAAACUGGAGAGAUUAAAGUUACAGGUAAACUAGAUUUUGAAAAAUCGAAGACUUAUCAAUUAAACGUGCAGGCUAGUGACCACGGGGGGUAUACAGACACGUGCAAAGUUAUUAUUCAAAUCAUUGAUGAGAACGACAACGUCCCAACAAUACAGCUUAUGUCAUUUUCUAACUCGAUAUCCGAGGAUUCGCCCCCAGGUACAACUAUAGCUGUUGUUAAUGUCGAUGACGAAGACUCUGAUGGGAACGGAGUUGUCAAAUGCUCCAUUAACUCUGACGUACCUUUUAAAAUUGAGUCUUCAUUAACUGGAUAUUACACCAUAGUCACCGAAAACGUCUUGGACAGAGAAAGUGUUCCUGAGUAUAACAUCACUAUGACUGUGUCUGACCAAGGUUCUCCGCCUCUGUCUAGCAGUAAAAACAUCAACGUAAAAGUGUCUGACGUGAAUGACAACCCACCCAGAUUUGAUAAAUCAGAAUAUAGUAAAUUUAUACCAGAGAAUAACUCUCCAGGAUUUUCUGUGUUUACUCUCAGUGCCAGUGAUGCAGACUGGGGCCAAAACGCUCGUGUUUCUUACUUUCUGGAGGAGAAAGAGAUUAAUGGGGUGCCGUUGUCUUCUUUAGUGUCAGUAAAUUCGGAAACUGGUGCCAUUCAUGCGGUGAGGUCGUUUGACUAUGAGCAAAUCAAGUUGUUUGAAUUUAACGCAACUGCUCGUGAUGCUGGAUCCCCUCCCCUGAGCUCGAUGGCCACAGUCAGAAUAAUGGUCCAGGACCAGAACGAUAACCCUCCCCAGGUUCUGUACCCAGUCCAGACUGGUGGCUCUGUGGUGGCUGAGAUGGUGCCUCGUUCAGCAGAUGUGGGCUAUCUGGUGACUAAAGUGGUGGCUGUUGAUGUGGACUCUGGACAGAAUGCCUGGCUGUCCUAUAAACUGCAGAAAGCCACAGACAGGGCGCUGUUUGAAGUGGGCUUACAGAAUGGAGAAAUCAGAACUAUCCGCCAAGUCAGUGAUAAAGAUGCAGUCAAACAGAGACUGACUGUUAUAGUGGAGGACAACGGGCAGCCCUCUCGUUCAGCUACAGUCAUUGUCAACGUGGCGGUGGCGGACAGCUUCCCUGAAGUGCUGUCGGAGUUCACUGACUUUCCACACGACAAGGAGUACAAUGACAACCUGACUUUUUACUUAGUGCUGGCUCUGGCUGUAGUUUCCUUCCUCUUCAUCACCUGUUUAGUUGUUAUUAUAUCAGUCAAAAUCUACAGAUGGAGACAGUCUCGCAUCCUGUAUCACUCCAAUCUGCCUGUGAUUCCAUAUUAUCCACCACGUUACUCGGACACUUUGGGGACAGGGACUCUCCAACACGUGUACAAUUACGAGGUGUGCAGGACGACUGACUCCAGAAAGAGUGACUGUAAGUUCGGCAGAGCUGGUAGUCAGAACGUGCUGAUAAUGGAUCCCAGUUCUACAGGGACGAUGCAGCGGAUGCAAAGUGAGAAGAGCAUCCUGGAUGAGCCAGACUCUCCUCUAGAGGUCAGUUAA